AUGAGUGAGGAGGAGGAGAAGACGAAAGAACAACAAAAACUCAAACGUCUCGGCGUGGAAACGAACUCACAUCCGACCUCGUGGCACGGCGCGUUCAGUUGCUCCGCGUGCGCGAGGAAAAGACUCCCGGCGUGCGAGUUCAGCCACGCGCAAGUGAAGAAGAAACGAGCGAACGAAAACGCCUCGCUCGUGUGCUUACGAUGCAGCGAACGCGAGGAAGAAGAGACGAUACAGACGACGACGAUGGCAGGAUUGAAGAUCGACGAGGAGAAUAAAGGGAGCGCGUUACACGAGUGUUCAAAGUGUAAAGAGCGAAAACCGGAAACGGAGUUCGCGCGUUCCCAGUUGAGAAAUAAAGGUCCAGGGAAGCAAAAGUGCUCCAAGUGCGCGAGCGAGGCGGACGCGAUUGCAAAUCCGAAGGGAGAGGACGUGAAGAAGUUAUUAGAGGAAGCGAGAGAGCAGUCGAGGAAAGCGGAGUUGACGAACGCGCCGGAUAAGCUGAAAAUAUUCGCGAGAGAGGCGGCUUUGGAAGCGCAAGCGGUGACGGGUUUGAAGCCGAAAAAGAUAGGCGGCGGGAGAGGAAGAGGAAGAGGCGGGAGAAUUGGAGGAGGGAGAGGACGGUAG